CUGGAACAAUAACAACAAUAACAGCCGAUAACGGGGUGCGGAAGACGCUUUUCAUUCACGGACCGCACCCGAUGUCACCGACCGAAGGACCCGCGGCUGCUUUUUAACCGACGUGUUGGUAUUUUUACGGUUUAUUUCCUCACAUUUCCAGUUUUGUCAGACUGCUUCCUGCGUGCCCCAACAAAACGAGGGGGUAGAAGAAAUGAGGCUAGUAACUUAGCUAGCAUGCUAACUUGCCCUAUAUUUUCUAAUUGAUUGAAACAUCAUUAUGCUUUAUUAAUCUUAGUAUCGCUUUUAUAUCAACCAGAUUAGAGAUGCUUUCUCGCUGCGGUGAUGCCUCCUUCUUUUGUAGGUAUUUUGGUGCGAUAGCUCACUGUUGGGAAGCUGCUAUAAAGUUUUAAUAGCCAUCUAACUAACCUCUCUGUUAAGUGUGCGUGGAUAUAACAUAAAUGUUUACCCAUACGUGAGCAUUUUAAUGUCUAAAGCGGGUUUUAGUUCAUUCUUAGUUGUUAAAAUUUAAGGCUAGCUCGUUAGCAGGGUUGGUAGCUGUGUUAGGACAGUGUGGCCAGGCCUCGCUGCUGUACUGUACUGACAGGAGAGAUGAAAACAAAAGAUUAGCUUGUUAGCUCGCUGAUCUUCAACACUUUUUACCAACCAAGGACAAUUUGCAACCCUUGUCUUUGGGUUUAUGUUAGCAGCUGAGCCUCAGGUCGCUGAGUUGGCAUGCAUUUAGCAAUAUAGUUUUAUUUGCCAAAUUUCCUGUUUGGCAGCGCAUCCUUGGCUGCUGUUUCAUUAUCAGCCUGCAGAUUAAAUUACGGAUAUUUUAAGAUGAAUGGUCAGUGAGAUUGUUAAUGAAUAAGGUAAUAUAUAGGAGAACCUUCCAAUGAAAUGCUUGAGCUGCCUUUAAACACAGAGGCAUUCACCAUUGUUUCUUCAAUCAAAGCAAGCAAAAAUAGGUGUUGAAAGUUCAGAUCAGACUUUGAGGGGUACUCAGUGACACACUGCCAUGUCAGAGACUCUGAUAACAGGGCAGACAUCAGAGGAUCUGUUGGCUGACUUUGAGACUCUGCUGAACUCUGGGAGUAUUGACCUGGGCGAAAACAACCAGAUAGUGAUCAUCACCAGCCCCAGCAAUGAAGGACUCCACCCGACAGCUGCCCCCACCAGCACGGGGGAAAUCCUGCUGUUUGCCACGCCACAGGGCCCAGCUGAUGUGGGGGUCAAUGACAAGAGAAGACCGGCUCUCGGGAGACCUCCUGUAAAGAGGAAGUUGGACCUGGACAGCGACCAUCAGUAUGUCAGCACGACUCGACCGUCUGUAGGACAAGCCCCGCCCUCCACACCUGCUCCUCCCAGAGUUCCUCGAAUCACAGCUGAGAAAUCCCGUUAUGACACCUCCUUGAACCUGACCACCAAACGUUUCCUGGACCUGCUGUCCCAGUCCGCUGACGGCGUGGUUGAUCUGAACUGGGCAUCGCAGGUCCUGGACGUCCAGAAGAGACGCAUCUACGACAUAACCAACGUCUUGGAGGGAAUCCAGCUCAUCUCUAAGAAGUCGAAGAACAACAUCCAAUGGCUGGGUAAUCGGGUCGAUGCGGCAUUGGUUGCCCGUCAUAAAGAGUUGCAGAGGGAGGUGUGUGACCUCACAGAGGCCGAGGAGCAGCUGGACCAGCUCAUCACUAAAUGUAACGUGCAGCUGAGGCUGCUCACAGACGACCCACAGAACAAGAAGUUUGGCUAUGUCCGCUGUCAGGACUUAAGGAAAUCAUUUGAUUCCCCAGACCAGCUGGUCAUGGUGAUUCGAGCUCCACCAGAGACCCAGAUGCAAGUCUCGGAACCCUGCAAGGGUUACCAGGUGUCGCUGAAGAGCUCACGAGGUCCCAUCGACGUCUUCCUCUGUCCCGAAGACAGCUCUGGCGUCUGCAGUCCUGUCACAGGAAGUAGUCCCUCCAAACCCAAUGCUGACCCUCCCUUGGUCCCGCCUCCUGCACAACCCUCAGAACAACCACAAGCCAAAACAUCCGUGGCCGCCGUGGAAGUUGGUUUAUCAUCGCCAGCGUCCACGUCGUCCACGGUGACCGCAGCCUCCCAGCAGGACCCGUCCUCACUGGUGUUAGGUGGAGAUGCAGAAUCCCUUCUUGGAGGCGACCCAUUCUCCGGCCUCGGAGACAUGCCUGAUUUUGACUUUUCCCCUCUCUCCUCCUCGGACUUCCUGAACGGAGAGGGUUUCCCUCUCCAAUUGGACGGUUUCAUCAAUUUAUCUCCCCCUCCCAGUCAUGAUUACCACUUUGGACUAGAGGACAAUGAAGGCAUAAGUGAACUGUUUGACUGUGACUUCGGGGAUCUUUCACAAGUCCUGGGAGACAGUUAGGUAAGAAAAAGAAAGAGGAGCCUGUGGGCCGUGGGUUUUGAGGACUUUCUUCUCUCUACUGGGGCAGAAGUUUCCAGAUAAAUCUUCUUCAAAAUCUUUAUGCUCAAAUUUUGGGUUAUGGGAGAAUAUUUGUGUAUGUGAGCCUUGAAAUAGCCACCCAAACUCUGAAAUCUCAAACAGAUUGUACAGCACAUUCUUAGCACUUCUUUGGGCCAUUCACACAUUUAGACCAAGAAUUUAGCUCUAGUGUAGCUAUUUAAAUUAUUUAUACAAAUCUUAUUUUGAUAUUUUGUACCAAGUGAGGGUUUUGUUAUUAUUGAUGAUGUUUUAUCCACGUGGAUAGCGCAGGUGUAUGUAUAUGUAUGUCUGUGAGUGUGCAUGUGUUAAAUGGACUCAUAGGGCUGGUUUUCCUUAACACUGAAUCUUAAUACUCAUUCUGCUGGUUUCUGUGGCAGCUGUGUUGUGCUCUUCUGCUAAGUUAUUUUUUUUCUCUAGAGAGGGAAAGAGCUCAUAACACAGGAGCUGCUUCUGUAAAACUAGCAUUAUGAGGACUAGAGUCAAUGCUGGGCUCUCCUAAAGCAUCCUGAUGCAGUUUUAAAUCAUUUUUAACGACUGUAGAGCUCAUUAGCACAAAGAUAGUGGUGCAUCUUCUUCUUUAGCAGUCAGAUUUAGAUUUGUUUAACAUGCAAGGAUCUUUAAGUGGACUGGGUUCUCAAACCUAACUGUGUCUGACAGCAAAAUUCAAGGUUUUGGAGCUUUUCAAGAUGGAUAUACCUGAUGACAGAGAAGGAGUCUGGGAAAUCCAUUAUAAUCAUUCCUUACAUUUAAAGCAGGUGUGUUAAGUCAAUCUGAAUUUAAGAUUGUGACUCUAAAAGGUCAAAAUAUGGGAUAAAAUUCUAAAUCAUGAGUUAAAAAAGUCAAAGUAUGGGAUUAAAAGUCAAAAUUAGGAGUUUAAAAGGACAAAAUAUGAGAUUAAAUUUGAAAUCAUGAUCUUGAAAUUUCAAAAUAUGACUUGAAAUUCAAAAUUGAAAUCUAAAAGUUCACAAGGUGAGGUAAAAAGCCAAAAUCCUAAGUUUAAGUCAUAGUUUUAAGAUGCAAAUUGAAAAUAUUAAAUGAAAACACAAAUUCAUGUCCCUCCCUCAUUCCUUACUUUCUCAAUAUUUUUACUCUCUACUUUUUCCAAUUUUGAUGACUUAACAAAGGAUUAUUUAGUAAGGUUACAUUUUUAUUUCUAUACUGGAGGAAAACUGCAGAUCUCAGACCUACGGGCCAGUUCUAAUAAAAAUAUGAAAUACGGCCAGGUAAAACUGCACCACGGGCCAGAUUUGGCCCCCAGGCAUUGAGUUUGACACCCUUGCUUUAAAAUCUGUUUAAAGACCUGAAAUGUGUUAGCUUGGUCCUUCUUAAACUUUGAAUUGUAUUUUUAGGGACCAAAUUUUCAGAUCUGACCUGCAUUUAAAUGUCUGUUUUGAUAUAGGUAGGUAUUGGCUAAAACUGUUUUGUAAAUAUUGGCAUAUCAGAUACCCCCAAAAAUCUAAUAUCGACAUCCCUAGUAUUUAUGGUGUGUGAGAUGUUCAUGUUCUUACUAAGCAGUAAGAAAUCUAUCUGGGGAUGAAGGUAAAUAAGUUUCAAAUAUGAGCAUAAGAUUUGUUAUCAGCUACUGCCUGCACUAUAUUUGUGUCUUUCAAAAUAAAAUGAAGAAAUGUAAUUUACCAUCUAUAAAAAUUUAUUUCGACAAAAUCUCCUGCAGGAAAAAUGCAGCCCCGACCUCUUUCAGUUAGCCAAAGUAAAUCAAAGCCAUUUUCAGGUUUUAGAGUUUGCAGUUUUUCAGUCACACGUUCGCCAUAUCCCGAAGCAUGCCACGCUUUUUGGCUGAUUUUUUUUUUACCAUCUUUUAACAUGAAAUCCAUUCUGAUAAUUCAAGUUCAUAAUUGAAACUUGCUUUUCACAACCAGUGUAUUUUUUUUUUAACAGGGUUGCAUUUGUUGUUCAAGUUUAUGGAAAAAUUUCACUGUGAAAUCUGUUUAAGACCCACUUUUGUAGCUUUUCAACAUUUUUAAUGCAUCCAAAAAGUUGUUUGCUUGCUUUAUACUGCUGACCAAUACACCAGUGUAAAAUUCUGAGACGUGGUUUCAUGUCUGCAAGUACAGCCAACAUCACUGGAAAUUCACUCCUAUUCAUCAUGUGAUACAAGGGGCUACUCUGCAGCUCACUCAGAUGCUUUAGGAGAGCUUAGCCUGCAGCUUUCUUCAAGUAAACAUUAACAAUAUGGGUUAAAAUGCCACCAGUUGAAUAUUAACUUAAAAUGUCUGUCACUGGAUGUUUCUAAAGCCAUUUUUGGGAUCACAAAUGCAAAAGUGUCCAGAGCAAGAUAAAUAAUGCCAUUCUGAAAGUUCAGUAAAUGUUUAUUGGUGUGUUGGAAACCAGUCGAUCGUCGUCUAGUAAAAACUAAUACUGAAUGUGAUGUUCCUUAUUAGUUAGCUAGGCUUAGACUCAGGCAGAGUAAAGUUUUAAAUGUGUUUUUGGUUAUGUUAUGUGUGAGAGUGUAAGUGUUUGAGAUGCAUGUCAAGGGUUAUAUGUAGGUUGAUUAUACAUGUAAACAGGUGCAUGUUUUAUUAGUUUUUCAGCUUCUUCAGCCAAGGGUUCAAGAAAGAAAAGUUCACCAAAUGCCUGUAAAUCAACGCCCUCAGGCUGUUUUUGCCACAGUUCAGAUGCUCCUAACCAGCCUGAAACAGCUAAACUUAACCAGAUCUUAACAUUCAAAGCUCAGAUGCAUCAGUGUAGAGAAGUUUGUGCUUCAGGCUCUUGAUAGUAUUUCAAAACAAGGACCUUUCUUGUUAUAUGCACUUCAGAAAGUUAAUGUUCAUGCCUUAAAUCAGUGCUUUUUUUGCGAAGGAGUGUACUGGAGCAUCUUGUCUUGGCCAAAAAAAUUAGCAAUUCUGUUUUUUUUUCUGCAGCAAUCACAUAUAUCAGGCUCUUUCUUUACAUGCUUCUAUGGAUUUUCAUUUAAAAUAAGCAGCAAUAAGAAGACAUUGUUCACAUCAUGUAGUCAGUGUAUGAAAGGAAAAUCUGUCCUGCAGUGUGCUGUGUAUAUAUUGUAUUUAGAAAUGUAAGCAUCAAACCCUUUUUCUUGUUUUAAGUUAUGUAAGCUAACAUUUUUGUGCAUUCCUGAAGUUUUAAUGUGUGUACGGGUGCAUGUGUGUGGAAAAUACGAUGUUUUUGUUGAUUUUUAUAUUUAUUUUUAAGGGGUUUUAAUGGAAAAAUGGUACAGUUUUGUUUUUUCAUUAAUGUGUUGGAAGAAGAGACUUACCGUUCAUACUCAUAGCUGGUAAAUGCAGGGAUGCAGGAAGUCAGUUUUAGUUGAGGAUGCUGGGAGAAAUAUUUCUAAAUGUCAGUCUCUGGGCUGUGAAACACAUCCAUCUGGCAUGCCAGGUUACCCCAUUUCCUUUUCAAUCCAUUACAAGUUAAUUUUCCAUGGUUAAAUUCAUGUCAUAAUCUUAAAUCUACCUAUAAAAGAAGUUUGAUUCCGUCUGAUUUUAGAGAAUCCUACAGCAGCACCCUCAGCAUCCAUACUUCCCACAUCCCCGGAUAAUCAGUUAUUCAGUGGUGAAAAUCUGUAAUUAGCUUCUCUUAAAUAGCACCUUUUCCCAUUUUUUUCCUUCUCCCUCUUUAGAGACUAUAUUUCCCUGUCUCAACUUCUGUGCAUGUGCAGACUUUGCAUUGGCCAAUGUUGCAAAAAGUAAUUAGGGGAAUAAAAGUCCACAAAUACAGUUUAUUCGUCUUGAUGUUGCAGGCAGCAUUGCUCAUCAAAGGUUGCACGUGUUGUUAUUUAACCCCCAGGUGCCUCAAACUGUCAUGACAGUGUAAAACAUUAAUUCAUAUUUUAUUUUCUGAAAUGCUUUUUCACUUCUGUGGAAACUUUAAAAUCCAGCCUGAAGUCUCAUCAGUGUCUGACGUGUUUUCAACUGACAGCUGAACGUGUUUGUCUUAUUGGAUUGCACGUAUAACCUUUAUAAUGUAUUUAAUUUCUCUCUCUAUCUCGGCCUUUCAUUGUUUGCAGCGUGCAAAGUUCAUAUGAAGUCUGUGUGAUGUUUUGGUUCUCUGCUGGACAAAUGCAGUGCCUUUAAAGGUUUAACAUGGAUUAUUUGUGAUAAUUCAAAUCAGGAUUUUGUUGCGUGUCAGAUCAUGUUGAAAGAAUGACUUCUGUUUUCAGGUUUUAUGUGGUAUUUGACAGACAUUUGCACCAGGGUUGAAAUCAAUUCACCUUUAGUCAAAGCUCAAAGAUGAUGCACGAGAAAAGACGUAUUUUCUCUGAAAGUACAGUUCAGAGCUUUAUGAGCUGCUCCACAUUUCUAAAAGUUGUUUAAAACUACACUAAGGUGUGUUAUAAUCUGUUAAAGUCUGUUUAAAGAAAAAAGUUUACAGGCGUAAUCUUGUCGUUUAACUGAUCGAAGGUGAAAUGACUCCGACCCUGAUUGAGUUGCUUUCUAAAUCAAACGUAUCCAGCAGCGUAACAAUCACUCACUAUUGUUCUGUUAUUGUUUUACAGUUGGAUUUCUUAUUAUCACAUACUGAUAAAACAAAAAAACAGGUUUGUACUUGUGAAUUAUUAAUGGGCUCCAGUAUGCCCUUUUGUAUCAAAUGCUCUUUGACAAAAAUAAAAAUAACUAUUUUGAUUGGA